AUGAAGGUGCUGGGCAUGGCCACAGUUCUGGGCCCCAGGCCUCCACAGGAGCAGGGGCCUGUGAUUGUGAAGAUUAAGGAGGAGGAAGAGAAAGGGAAGCGUCUUCCCAUGGAGAUAUUCAGCCAGCGCUUCAGGCAGUUUGGGCACCACGACACCCCUGGCCCCCGGGAGGCGCUCAGCCAACUCCGGGUGCUCUGCUGCGAGUGGCUGCGGCCCGAGAUCCACACCAAGGAGCAGAUCCUGGAGCUGCUGGUGCUCGAGCAGUUCCUAACCAUCCUGCCCCCGGAGCUCCAGGCCUGGGUGCAGGAGCACGGCCCUGAGAGCGCGGAAGAGGCCGUCACUCUCCUGGAGGAUCUGGAGCGGGAGCUGGAUGAGCCGGCGCCACAGGCUUCCCCACCUCCCCGCGAGCAGAAAUGGUCGUGGGAGAAGAUGUCACCCUCAGGAACGGCAGAGGAGUCCCUGAGCAGCCCGCAGCUAGAGUCUGUGGAGACCAGUCACAGAUACGAGUCUUGGGGGCCCUACAUCCAAGAGACUGGUGAAGAGGAGAAAUUCACUCCACCACUGAGGAAGGUUCGAGAUGUUAAGUCGAAGACCCAGAAUGAGGAAUCAACAGAUAAGGAGGGAAGUUCUGAAGAAUCUCAUGCAGAAGGAUUCAGAGGGGAUACACUUCCCAUGAGUAUUGCCGAUAAAUGUGAGGCCAGGUUAGAAAGGCAGUGGGUAAAUCCAGAAAAGGAGAGAGAAACAAAAACCCCUCUCCAAGACAAAGGUUCUGCCAAAUGUAGAGAAGUAGUGACUAAACCUGCCCCAGAAGAGAGACGUUACAUAUUCGCUGAGUGUGGGAAGGCCUUCAGUAAUAGCUCCAACCUCACUAAACACCGGAGAACACACACUGGGGAGAAACCGUAUGUGUGCACCAAAUGAGGGAAGGCUUUUAGCCACAGCUCCAACCUGACCCUUCACUACAGAACACACCUGGUGGACCGGCCCUGUGACUGUAAGUGUGGGAAAGCCUUCAGUCAGAGCUCAGACCUCCUUAAGCACCAGCGAAUGCACACUGAAGAGGCCCCUUACCAGUGUAAAGAUUGCGGCAAAGCCUUCAGUGGCAAAGGCAGCCACAUUCGCCACUACCGAAUACAUACCGGGGAGAAGCCGUAUCAGUGUAACGAGUGUGGGAAGAGCUUUAGUCAGCACGCGGGUCUUAGUUCUCACCAGAGACUCCAUACUGGAGAGAAGCCGUAUAAGUGCAAGGAGUGUGGGAAAGCCUUCAACCACAGCUCCAAUUUUAAUAAGCACCAUAGAAUCCAUACUGGGGAAAAGCCCUAUUGGUGUAGUGAUUGUGGGAAAACAUUCCGUAGUAAGUCCAGUCUUUCCAAACAUCAGAAAGUCCACACUGCAGAGGGAGAAGGAUCUUAA